AUGUUGACCAUAAUGAGAGGGAACGCCAAGAAAGUUCAGCUUUAUAAUUGGCCGCUGACCAAUCUCCGCGGACUCUCGACUUUAAUGAAAUCCGAUGUAAUGCCACAGGCUCCCGAAUUGGACUCACCGUCCACUAUGAAACUGCACCAUUUUAUAAGCCCAAAUUGUGUUAAAUGUCCAAAUCACCUUGUUCGUGGAUAUGGGAAAUUGUUCACCUACAACUAUCGCCCAUUUUCUACUUAUGAUUUAAACGAAGCAGCUUUGCGUGCCUAGCAAGCCUCAGAAAAGUAUUCAAAAGAAUUUGGUCAGAUACAAAACAUGAAGAUUAAAUACGUAAAUUAG